AUGACUUUCCAGGGUACACAAUUACCGCUGACGGGCAUCACCCCGGGGGACUCAGGAGAAGGUCAGCCGCAGGGUGCUUCUAUUCUGGCCCACCUACAGGGCCUUCUCACCCGGGUUGGCGCAGCAGAGACAUCACUGGGGGAAAAAAGAGGCGCAGAAAAGAGGAAUUUAGAGAACAUUUCGCAAGGAUGCUUAGCACCUCUGGUCGACGCUCCGCAACCUACCCACAGUCAAGGGCGAGCUCACAUAGCCGUCGACGCCUCAGACACCCGCAUGGGAGCCGUCCUGCAACAAAUCCAGACUCUCAGACCACUGCAAGCCCAUUACAGCGCCUUCGGCAAGGAACUCCUUGCCGGUCUACAGCGCCAGUCAAGGCACUUCAGGACAUAUGUAGAGGGGAAAAGAAUUCACAUCCUGACGGAUUCACAAGCCCCUCACCUUCGCUCCUGCCACAAACAGGAGCGCCGCAGUCCCACGCGAAGAGAGGCACCUGGAUUUCUGGCCCAGUACCCAAGGACAUACGGCACAUCCAAGGCAUCAACAACAACAGCCGCAGAUGCCCUGUCCAGAGUAUCCAUAGCAAUUGUGGAACAGCAACAAGACCCUUUCUCUUCCAGACUUGUCAAUGGAGAUAACCGCUCUCAGCUGGUAGCAGGGUGCAACUUCAGGACUCGCAGGGACACAAUCAUCUGCGAAAGCUCGAUGGGCCCACCCAGUCCUUACAUCACCUUCACUCCGUCGGCAGUUCCUCGAGGCUUACCAGCACAUCGAGACAUUCGCGCAAACCCAGGAUCUCCUCCCAGCAAAGUUGUGUGGCCGGGCAUCAAUAGGAGAUGCAGGGAGUGGAGCAGCCGCACCGGCUCGCGUGCCAGCGCACCAGUAAUUCAGGGUUACAGCGACGUUCCUGACGAUGGGAUCGACCGACUUCACCAGGUGGCCCGAGACAGCCACCCCUUAUCCAGGACCAAUCACCCGCCGCGACCAUUGCCAAGACCUUCAUCAACACGCGGAUAUCGCGCUACGGAGGCUCCUGCGACGGUCACGACGAUCGCUCGGUCUCAUUUCGCGUCCGAGCUCUGGAGGGCACAACUGAUGUUCUUCUCGGCUCGAAGCGCAUCCGACCACGGCAUACCACCCAGUGACAAACGCAUGGUAGAGCGCCUACACCGCCACCCUGAAGGAGACCUCACAGCUGAUCCUCCACGCACCGACCCGCCAAGCCCCACGUGCCCGCCCUACGAGGGUUCCUUUCCCUGUCAUCAAGCGGAGACGCAAGGACAAUCACCAUUCGGCGUCCACGAGGGUGAGGACACCGUAUGCAUCGACCGCGUUAUGAACCUGCAUCACCUGCAAGGAGCAUGUGCACAAAUUUCGAAGCCGAACACGUUGCCUAAUACUUUGGUUAAGCAUAAUGCAGCUAGUGGUGCUCUUGAGACUUCUCCUGAUAUUUACACUAUAGCCUGUAAAGAUUUCCCAAGUUUUACGCAGGCGAGACCG